AAGAAGAGGCGAAUGGUUCUGAACCCUCAGCCCCAAAGAAGCCUUCGGCAAAAGCAGAAACGAAAGCUGCGAGUCCAGCUGAUACCUCAUAUAAUCCAAAGGAAAGUAGUACUACUUCUACUUAUCUUCCUACCCAAGAACACAAGCAAAAUUCUUCUUCCUCUAGUGCUCGUGUACACUCGAAGACGAGACCAGCUCGCC